CCCCGCUGCCGCCGGCCGCGCGCCAUGGACGACACAAGGGUGCGAGACCGCGCGCCGCUCACCGUCAUCGUCGCGCCAAGCAACGCUUCGCCCCCCAGGCUGUCCCCUGCCGACCUCCUCCCCGACGGCGAUGCGGCGUUCCACCCUCUCUCCGCCGUCAACGGGCGCCUCACCCCGCCGGGGCUCGAGCCCGCCUCGUAUGCGACCCUCACGCCCUUGCUGCCUCUGCCGCCCAUCAGCACAGUCUCAGACAAAUUCGCGUACCAUGCCGGCGGCACCUUCACGGUCAUCCAGCAGCAGCAGUCGUACGCGUCCCUAUCACCGGCUGCUUACAAUGAGCCGCUGUCCCCACAAUCGGCGUACAGCAGAAGAAGUGCGUCACCGAAUUCAUUCGAGAGGCGGUCCCCGACGCCGCCUCUCCCAAGCCCCGGCUUGGACCUCAACGCGGCGUUGAUGGCGAGGGAGGAGCAGCAGCAGCAACAGAACGACUUAGAAGAGAUAAAUACUAAAGAGCUAGCGCAAAGGAUAAGUGGCGAGCUGAAGAGGUACUCGAUACCGCAGGCGAUUUUUGCACAGAGGGUGUUGUGUAGGUCGCAAGGGACGCUCAGCGAUCUGCUCAGAAACCCGAAGCCCUGGUCGAAGCUCAAGUCUGGGAGGGAGACCUUCAGGAGGAUGUGGAAAUGGCUGCAGGAGCCGGAGUUCCAGAGAAUGUCUGCGUUGAGGCUAGCAGCGGCCCAGAUUCCUCAGAGAGGCAGUGAGUAUUGCUGCAAACGCAAGGAGGACAUGUCUUCGGAUACCCUUCCUUCCCCGAAGAAGCCACGUUUGGUUUUCACAGACCUCCAGCGGCGUACUCUACAGGCUAUUUUUAAGGAAACAAAAAGGCCAUCAAAAGAAAUGCAGGUGACAAUAGCGAGACAAUUAGGUUUAGAGCCUACCACAGUUGGCAAUUUCUUCAUGAACGCGCGGAGACGGUCCAUGGACAAGUGGAAAGACGACGACGCUCCGUCCACAGACUUGGACCAUCAACUGGAUGGAGGGGAUCUCGAUCACGUUCCAAGUCUGGACUCCGCUGAUUCCGAGGAAGACCACGAUGACCAGGAUGACCACCUUUUGUGACGCCGUAUCCCCCAGCACCACCUCAUAGUCCUUUGAAUGUAGUUCAAAGUCUAUGACCACGGUGUUGGUUGGCAUUUUAUAAGGUGUGAAACCGUUCGGUUUAAGAGGGUCCGUCGCCUUCUCACUUGUAUUAACACGUUGUCAGUGCUACAAGACGGUCGCGGCUUGCUUUAUUGUAUUUCGUUUGUGGACUGCGUAAGGGUUAAAUUCAAAAUGCUUGCUUUUGUGUCGGCUGCUGCAGUUUCGAAAUACUGGGAAUGAGGGAAGAGUUUUUUUGACUUGCUCAAAACGUUAUCGCCGUUUUUGGAACGAAGGCGAUCUAAAAUUCUGCAGCAGCUGAAAUAAGAUUUCGUUAAGCUUUUUGUUUGCUUGGUCGCAACCCAUUUUAACAAGGGUCUCUAACAAGGUGUCCGUAAUUUUGGAUCUGUCUAUCCCUCUCACUCCAAUGAAGAUGACGGCAUGAGCGACAGAGAGAGAGAGAAUGUUGCAAAAAUACGAAGGUAUGGUUGGGAUCUAAAACGCGAACGUGACAGUGGCAACAUCCAAUCUUUACGACAACUGCAAAAAACUUUGUGUACAGUAAUAAUAGUAUUGUCUAAGUGCUGAGAUGGCAAACUGCUGGGUUUCGCUGUGCCAUAGACAAGUAAUCAGAGAGAACAGUCGCUUGACGCAAAUACUGUACACUUAGUCCUUAAACAAGUGGAAAGAGGUGACAGUUGAAAUUUCGAAAUCAUUUCUCAAUGUAACUACGAGUACGUGCAAAAAACGCUGGAGUGAAGGGUUUUCGAAAUGACAGCUGUCACGUUUUGCUACUUGUAUAUACUAUGGGCGCAGGACAGUUUUGUGCACGGAGAAGAUUUUUUAUUGGCGACGUGUCUCUGUGGUUCUUUAGUCUAUGGUUUAGAGCUAUGGUCAACGUUGAUCUCUCAAUAUUAAACGUUCUAGUCAAACGUUAACAAAUAGCUAAUAAUUAAUUGUAAUUGUUCUUCUGUAAUUUAGAAGAAUUUAUUGUAUUAUUUCAUAAUAAAUUGUGUUA